AUGAUCGCAUGCUUCAUACAAGCAAUUUAUCUGCUUGAAUUGGACAGACAAGAGAGCAUACCAAAGGAAACUGCCCUUGCUCCAAACUGGUGGAUGACCUUCAAGUACAAGUUAGCCCGAACUUUGAUCGAUGAAAGGAAUGGAUCAAUAUUUGGAGCAGUACUAGAAUGGGAUCAGUCGGCAGCCCUGGUCGACUUUGUGCUUGUUAGACCUAGUGGAGCACCAAAGGCUGUCUUAGCACUUCGAGGAACAUUGCUUAAACGCCCGACUAUCCGGAGGGAUGUCGAGGAUGAUCUCCGAUUUAUAGCUUGGUAUGGAAGCAACAAUGUAUGUGUUGCAGGUCAUUCCUUGGGAGUUGGCUUUACUUUACAAGUGGGAAAAGCAUUGGCUAAAGAAGGAAUAUACGUGGAUGCUCAUUUGUUUAAUCCACCUUUUAUCUCACUAGCCAUGAGCUUGAGAAAUAUAGGAGAAAAAGCAGGGUUCGCUUGGAAGCAGCUCAAGUCGAUGCUUCCUUCAAGCAGUGUACCUCAGGCCAGUAACGAUCGGGAGAUUGGGCCACAUAUAUGGGGAGAAAACUUCUGUUGGAUUGAAAAAAUGGGUGCCUCACUUAAGGAAUUGAGGAAAAAAAUGCGGAAAUUUGUCCUAUGGAUAUGCACGUUGGCGAAGUUGUUCGUGAUGUCAAAGCCGUGGAAACAAAAGUUUAUUGAGGCUCAUGGGUUGGAGCAGUGGUGGUCUGAUGAGUUGGAUCUUCAACUUGCUCUGAAUAAGAGCAAAUUGAUAAGCAGGCAAUUGAAGUCCUUGUACAGUGUCCCGGUCACACAACAAGCUCAGGGAAGGCCAAGAUAA